GCUGUCUGUAUGUUCAAUUUAAAUGUGAAUUUUCAUUUUAACAUAUAAAAUAGACAAAUGGGAAAACAAUGUUCCGUAACAAUACAAAAAAGUCAUGACACUUACACAAGGUAUAGACAACUAUGACGUUUGUGUUGGUUUGAUCAUUCUUGUGCCAUUAGGGAAUAAAGAUGGGGACGAAACAGAGCACCCUGAAAAGACAUGGCUACGUACUCCAAAGGACAACAGAAAAUGCUGUUGUUGCCACAAAGGGAGAUGACACAUUUCUCAUAAAAGAGAUCAAGUUGGAUCAGACAUCCAUAAAUCCAGCAUUAACCUCGGAGAUAGAUUUCCUGAUGAACACAAGCCAUCCUCACACUGUGAGCCUCAAGAACUCUUUCAAAGAUGAGAAUGUUUACUAUAUAGUGAUGGACUACUGUCAGGGAGGGAACCUUGCUGCAAAGAUCAGAGAGAUGAGUGACUCUCCACAAGAGUCUGAGGUAGUGAGCUGGAUUGCUGAGAUCUGUGUGGCUUUGAAAAUCAUUCAUGAAGAAGGCUUUCUUCACAAACGUCUGACACCAGAGAACGUGCUCCUCACAGAAUAUGGAACGGUGUGCUUGGGAGGAUUUGGAAAUAUCCAUGAAAAUUCAACAAAAACUCCGAUAAGCACUAAUUCAGAGCAGUCGAAAACAAUAAAUUAUCUGCCACCAGAAGUCUUCACAGAGGGGACCUAUGAUGCUAAGAGGUAAAAAAAAAAGAAAAAAAAAAGUUUUUAACGUUAUGAGAAAUCUGCUUAAGAAGUGAACAAAUCCAUUUGGUUUAGGUUGUUUUUACAUGAAUGAAUGUGCGCUGUUGUUGCUGUAGCUGUUGUUGAUUUCAUGCACCAACCUUGUGGAACAAUCUACCUAUUGGUAUUAGGCAGACAUGUUCAGUUGAUGUAUUUAAAGCAAAGCUAAAGACCGAUUGUAUACUGUUGUGUAUAAGUCUUGAUUUGUCGGUUUAUUGUUGUUGGUUAUAGUUUUAUUGUGUUUUAUUUAUUGUAUACUGUUUUUAGUAGCCUCUCUGUUUUUAAUGAUGUAUAGUACUUUAAAUGAAAUGGCUUUACAAAUAUAUUUAUUAUUAUUAUUAUUAUCAUUAUUAUUGUUGUUAUUACUAUUAAUACUAUCGUAGUAGUAGUAUUUAAUGUUAUAUAAAGUUUUCUUUAUUUAUAGUGACAUUUGGUCAGUGGGAUGCAUACUUUAUGAGCUGUGUACUCAAGAGCCAGCGGUAAGUAACCCAAUAAUAUAACCCACAGGUUUACAUUUUUUCAAAAAUCUAAGUAAUCAAACCAGGAAUGAGAAAAGUCCACCACAACUGGGCUAUGUAUUCUCUUGUAAAAUGUAUGAUAGUGUCUGAAAAGAGUAUUCCAUAUAAAAAAAAAAGAGAUGCUGCUGUGUUAUAUUACAGAGCAUAAGGACAAUCUUCAAUAUUAUGCAAUUUAUCAGUUUUCUAUGCACAAGGAAAAUACAUACAGUAUUGUGAAACAUGUGCAUGUUUUACCCCCAGUUUCCACAUACAUCAUGCAUAGCAGAUACGCUCCCAUUCUAGUGAAUGGCUUCAUCUCCACAGCGCGCUGCGCAGCAUCUCUGGAUCGUCCCAGAAGCGCCACGGCGCUCCGCUUCGUCGGAGAUAUGCGGCAGGUCUAUUUUUCAGCAACUGCUCGUCCAUAGCACGUCAAGCCACGUAGCUCAGAUUGCACCAAACCGGAUACGGAAUGCACACAGCAUCCGGUAAAUUUCAAAAUACAACACAAUGCACGGACUACGGAUUGUAAACUCUCAAUUUUCUAAAAAUCACAUCACAUCUUGUCGCACAAGUUGUCAGUCAGUGCGAGGGUCUGAGGAAAGAUGGACGAGGAGAAACUCAUAGUUGAAGUGGAAAAUCAUAGUAUUUUGUAUGAUACCACACAUCCGUUCUACAAGGAUACAAACCGAAAAGAGAAGACAUGGUGUGAAAUUGCAGGAGUUUUGGGAGUGAAUGGUGCUUCCAGUAGGGGAGGGUACGCACCAUCAGUCGCUCCAGAUCCGCGCAGCACGGCGCAGACGGAGUAUGUGGAAAUUGGGGGUUAGGUAAAUACUUGAGUUUGAUGUUAAGUCUACAACAAUGUACAGCAAAGAUUAACUUGAUAUGUGUGUGUGACACGCACACACACGCACAUGCGCGCACACACGCACAAUUUAAAAGAAAAUCUCAUUGUAUUUAGUAUUAAGUGUUUUCUAACAAUAAAUAUUCUUCAGUUCUCUGCAGAGACUAUAAUGAAGCUCAUACCCAAGAUAAUCAGUGGUCAUUACCCAUCUCUCCCAGAGAACUUCUCAUCAGAGCUUUGGGGAAUACUGAAUGAUAUAUUCAGUAAAGACCCUCAAUCAAGACCAACAGC